UCUGUGGAUUCUGUGGUGUUGGCUUGUGUUCACGAGAUUUUUAAUAUUAUUUUCCAAUUUCCAGUUUCUUUCAAGUACACCGCAUUUUGUUGAAGAGGAAGUAAUCACUGUAAGCGAAAGCAUAAUGGAUGAUACAGAAUUUAAUGACCUCAAAGGAAACAAAAAUACUUGGGGUGCAGGUCAAGAGAGAAUGUUUCCAGAACAUCCACAAAGACCUUUUGAUCCUAAAAAUUUUGGGAAUAACAACAGGAAUGAUCGUUACAAUAAUGCUUAUGGAGAUUAUAGCGGUGGCUAUGGUCCACCAGGUGGUGGAUAUGGUCAAAAUUUUAGGCCUCCACGUUAUUUCGGGCCACGCGGCUAUUUUCCAAUACCGAAUGGUCCACCGCCUGUGUUCUAUCAAGGGCCAUAUGGGCCUCCAGGGCCACAUGGACCUCCAGGACCACAGGGGCCGCCAGGAAAUUUCAUGUGGGGAAGAGGAUUUGGUCCUGAAGGACCACCAAUUCGUAGACAACCAAUGGAUGACAAAACUAUAAGAUAUCUUUUACGCUGCGGUGUUGCAAAAGAUCAGCUGAAGAAUUUGCCACGUGAUUUACUACAGCUGAUGGAACCAGAGUACUGUGGGCUUUGCGCUCAAAGCUUCGAGUCAUUUGCUGUCUCUCGCACUCAUUACAUUUCCAAAAACCAUAUCAAGAAUCAGAAAAAAUGGUUAACACAACCAACCGAGAUAGGAUUCCGUCGCGCCAAAGAGAUACCACUGAAGGCACGUGAGCUGUACUGUGAAUUAUGUGAUGUUCAUAUUACAUCGAAAACACAUUCGGAAUCUCAUUACGCUGGGAAAUCACACAGAUCGAUCGUCGAGGGUCGUAAGAAUCCCAAGAAUCCGUUUCUGCUACAACAAGGAAUGCAAGGUCGUGUGCAGCAACUUAUCCGCCGCGAAAAGAAAAAUCUUAAACCAACUACUGAAGAGGAUGAAGCUGUCGAGAAAGAUGCGAAAGUGGUUCAACCUGAUCUGCAUUGUGAAAUAUGCAAGACGUCUGUAACAUGCUCUGAACAAAUGACGAUGCACUUGAACGGGAAGAGACAUCUCUCUAAGGAGAAGCAGCACAUCUUGAAAAUGAUGAAGGGAGGCGGGAAUGCAACACAAUUGCAGGAGACACAGAAUGAAGAUGCUGCUGUGGAAGAAAUCGAAAAUGCUGAAGAAGAAGAAGAAGAAGAAAACGAAGAAAGCUAUGAUUGGGGUAAAGGAGAAGAGAAAUGGGAAGAAACUAGUCAAAAUGAAUGGAUUUAGAACACGAAAGAUUAUAUAAAAAGAAACCAAGUAAAUUGAAUAUUUCUGUGCUAUAUCAGAUUUUUACUUUUACUAUUCAUAUAUUAUGUAUUAAUUUUCAGUCUAAGCAGUAAAUAUUACAUACUUAAGACUGGUUAAUGUUAAGAAACUAUAUGUAAACUGUGAGUGGAUUUGAAUUCUUAUAUAAAUAAAUAAAUAACUUUCAAACCACUGUAAUAUUUAUUUCAUAAAAAAUAUAUUUAAAAAUUUAGUAACUCGAUUUACAUUUGUACUUAUGUAUAUAAGUACCUAAUAUGUAGAGUUGUGUUGCAAUUUUCAGAUACAUAAACAGCCACAUUUGGGUUUUCUCACUGAUUGUCGCCGAGUUCCAUUAAUUUUUUCAAUACUCCUUCAUUUUCCAGCAUCAGUUCUUGAAAUACAAAUUUUAUUCAAAUUUACUUUGUCUUAAAAAUAUACUAUUAAAUAAAACCAUCAAGUUUCAUUAAUACACUAAGAAUAAAUAUUUUAAGUCCCAUAUGAUGGACACAAUAACAGUAAUAAUAGUAAAAGUUUGUUUUUAAUUAAUUUUAUUAUAUUUAACAAAGAUAUAUAUGAAAAGUUAGACAAAAAAAGGAUGUAACAUCAUAAGCUUGAAUAGGCAGCUGUUGAGUAACUUUCCAUUGAUUAUAGUUAUAUUAUUUAGUUGUAAUAACUGAAAAAAAGUGUUCAAAUUAUUCAAUUUUUCACAUGUGUUUAUGUAAAGUAUGAAUUAAUAAAAUUUGUGUGCUUGUUUGAUGCUACCAGUCAACGAAAAUGUUAUUGUAUUUAUUUCUGAUGAUUAAUAUUUUUUACCAACUGCAUGACCGUCUUCUUCGUCGACGUCGUGUUCCCAAGCAUCCAUUAGUGAAACCAAACCAGAGUGCUAAUGCCAAAACUGCUAAUAGCCCCACGAGUAAAAUUCCUUGUAUUUUAGGGUCAAAGAAAUUUAUAGGUUCCUUUGAAAAUAAUGCAGAAGUCUUUGCGGAUGAUUUUUUUACACCAGAAGAACUUUUAGCCAUCUUGACAUAUGACGUAUUUUCAUCUAUUUGCCCCAUUUUCUUUCAGAAGUUUUAGAGAAUAUUGUAUGUUUAUUUCAUAUUUUUUCAUAUUUAUAUUUGCUUGAACUUGAAAUUUAUAUAUGUGAGGUCAUGGCUAUAAUUGGUUUUUAUUUUAUCGUGUGUUUAAUUCAUCAUUAAUUUAUGAAGGGUUUCAAUUUUUACAUUGUCAGGAUAA